GACUUUAGCCGAGAAUACCGGUGAACGGUCCGUGUUAAGACGGCCAUUAUCAACGAUUUGACCGACAAACUUUACUUUUCUUAAUAAUUAUAUUUACACACACUUAUAAGCAUGGCUGACAUAAAAGGAGACUUUGCCAAUGAGUAUUUGGGCAGAGUACUGGGUGAGAUGCAUAGAUGUUGUGCCAAAUGCUGUGAUAACAAAACUGCAGAAACAACAGAUGUAAAGAAAUGUGUACUUAAAUGUCAGGCAAAUGCUGAAAAGACUCGGGAAGUUUUACUAGAAGUUAUAAAGAAUCCCUAUAUGAAAUGUUAUGCUCGCUGCGGGGAGAAACACAAUAUGAUGGCAAAUCAGUCAGAAGAGGAAAAAACACGUGCGGCAGACUGUGUUUUAAAAUGUAAAGAAGAUCAUAGUGAAAUGGUACCAAAAGCUACUGAGCAGUUACAGGCAUUAAGAACUCUAACAAGAAAUAAAAGAAAUUGAAGUGGGUAAUUGGAGAUAAUGAUGUCAAGGUAUAAACGAGGCAAGGUUUAUCAAUGUCGAAAGUAUUUUUAUUUAUAGAAUGUUUUGGACAUGACUUUUACAAAUAAAAAAAAUUCUAUAAAGUUCA